CAAAGUAACUACAAGCACACCAAUCCCCAAAAUACGAAACCCCCCAUAAGCUGGACCUUAUUAUUACCCCAUCAAAGCUCAACAACUCCAAGAUAAAGAGUCCCCUUCUCUUUUUUAUUUUCAAUUUGCCACUUCCCUUUUCCUUUGUCUCUCCCAGCUUUCCUUCACUUUCCCCACUGCCAAAUCUCAACAAAAUUUUAGCUUCUUCUCAUGAGUGAUGGGCAUGAGCUGCCGUUGUUCCAACACUUCUCAUUUCGUACAAAUCAUCAUCACCAGCUUCUUUCGCCACAAGCCUUGAGAAACCCCAAAUACCAUGGUGGCCAUUUUUCUUUUGUUUUUAGAUUGUAUAAUGGUUUUGAGGAUUAAGAUGAUUCCCUAAAAACCAACCAACAACAACAACGUUUGAUCCCUUUUAGCCUCAAAUUCUCAUGGCGGGCGGGAGGGUCUAUCCUAGUAAUAAUGAUACCACUGAUGGCGUUCCUAACAAUCUCUCUGUUUUGCUUCAAAAUCAAAGGCUUCAUCCCCUUUUCAUUCCAGGCUCUUCUCCUUCUCCUUCUUUUCUUGGGACAAGAUCGAUGGUGAGCUUUGAAGAUUCCCUUAAAACAAACAGGCCCAAAAGAUCAAUUUUCAAGAUGUUUGAUGAACAAGAGAAUGGAUAUGAUGAGUAUUUAGAAGAGUGUUUUCAUCAACCUAAGAAAAGACGGCUAACUGUUGACCAAAUCCAGUUUCUAGAGAAGAGUUUCGAGGUCGACAACAAGCUCGAACCUGAAAGGAAAAUUCAACUGGCUAAAGACCUUGGGUUACAACCCAGGCAAGUUGCCAUAUGGUUUCAGAACCGCCGUGCACGGUGGAAAACAAAGCAGCUGGAGAAAGACUAUGACACUUUGCUAGCCAUGUAUAAUAGCCUCAAGGCUGACUAUGAUGAUCUCCUCAAGGAAAAAGAUAAACUAAAAGAAGAGGUUCUUCAACUCACAGAUAAGUUGCAAACGAAAGAAAAUGAGCGAAGGAACUCAGAAUUUUCUGAUGUGAAGCCAUUAUUAUUACAAGAACCAUCACAAAAGCCAAUUGUUGUUUCAAUGGCAGCCUGUAAACAAGAAGAUAUUGACUCCGACAAUAUCCCACAAUAUUACAGUGAUGAGUUUCAUUCUUCACUGUUGGAGGCUGCUGAUUCAUCUUACCCUUUCGAACCAGACCAGUCUGAUUUAUCACAAGAUGAAGAAGAUAGCUUACAUCCUCCUGCAAGUUUGUCUAAUUUUGGUUUCCCUGUUGAAGAUCAUCCUUUCUGGUCUUGGACUUAUUAAGUUAUAUAUCUACAAUGCAAUCCAUAUGUGUGUAUGUGUGUAUAUGUAUAUGUAUAUAUAUAAAUUGAGAGAUCAAUCAAUGGCACCCCAAUCAAUGGCACCCUCAAUGGUUUGCUUUACUUCCAUGCAAGGAAUGUAAUUAAAUAACGUCUUUUUUUAUGAGAAGAGUUGUUGGAUAA